AUGGAUAGUGAAGUUGUGAAAGAAAUUCCACAACUUAAGCCACAAAGUCCAACACAUGAUGCACCUAUAGAUGUUGAAAAACCAUUAGCUUUAGACACAGCCAAUAAGCAGCGCCUACACCAAGCAAGAGCUCCUCGCGCAUCACAUGGGCUACAUGGGAGUAAACAUGGAAGUUCUCAUGGAUUGCCGCAACACCCUCUUUGCGAAAGACCUUACAUCACUGGAGGAGCUCUGGCGGUGGUGUUUUGGACGCUGUGUUUGGUGUACGCCACCCAGGAACAUGCGGUGGACGAGACUUUGGUGGAUGCUGAAAUUGACAAAUGGUGUAUGGAUUUUUUGAACUUGCACGAUCUCACUGAUCACAAGACUCAGUUUGCCAUUCAGAGCAAGCUGGGAAAACUUGCAGGCUUGGCAUACCAGGCCAUUUCUUCAGAGAGACUCCGUCCCAUGGCAAAAUUCUUGUGCUGGUUGUUUCUUGCAGAUGAUUUUAUGGAAGAUUCUUCUGUCCCUGUCUCUGACCUGAAGAAUGCCACACUUGCAUACAAGCUCAUCUUCAAAAACAACUAUGAUCAAGCCAUAACUCUGGUGGAAAGUAAAGACCUUCUGCGGCAAAUGGGGAUGCUUAACGAUGUCUACACUGAUCUAAAGGGUUUCAUGAAGCCUGGACAUAAGACCCGGUUUUCGAAUUCCAUGAUUGAUGUGCUCGACAUGUUUGAGGUGGAAUCAACUUGGCUUCACAAGAAACUGGUUCCCAACUUUGAGAUUUAUAUGUGGAUGAGGGAUGUAACGGCUGGGGUUAUCCCUUGCAUGGUGGCAAUAGACUUCCUUAAUAAUUUUGGGCUGGAAGAUGAAGUGCUAGAGCAUCCCAACAUUCAAAGGCUGGAAGUGAUUGCAAAUCGCCACACGUACCUAGCCAAUGACAUGCUCUCCUUCAAAAAGGAAUGGGCUUGCGACAUGUACCUCAAUUCUGUGGCACUGGUUGGUUACAGUAGCAACUGUGGCUUAAAUGAGGCAAUGGAAAAAGUUGCAGAAAUGGUUCAGGAUUUGGAGAAAGAGUUUGCUGACACCAAACAAAAGGUUCUCUCAAACAAAGACUUGAACAAGGGAAAUGUCAUGGGGUAUGUGCAAGGCUUGGAGUAUUUCAUGGCUGGAAAUCUAGAGUUUGCCUGGCUCUCUGCGAGAUAUCAUGGGGUGGGAUGGGUUUCACCAGCCGAGAAAUAUGGUACCUUUGAGUUCUAG